UUCCUCUAUGAGGAAGCAAAAUGAAAGUGAAAUGUGCUGCUCAAGUUUUAAGUGCGAGAUUAUCAGCAUUUCUAGAAUAUAAUAGUAAAAUCAAAGGAGGAUUUAUUGAAUCACAGAUUGGUCCGUUACAAAUACCAAGUAAGACAGGAUACGAUACAGCAAUGGUAUUGGAUUUUUUUAACAAAAUUUUUGAUUCCGUUAAUGCACAUACCUUUCAUCCACGAACUCCUCUACGCGUAGCAGUUACGAAAAAUAGUAAGCAUCAUGAAUUUUGGCCAUAUGCCAUUAAACGAUUAUCUAACAUGCGAUAUGUUGAUCCGAAAACUAAACGACCAGUUAAAUGUAUACCAUCAUUAAAAAAUUGGGUAUUUACUUUGCGUGGUUUUAAAAAAAUAUGGAAAAUUGUUGAAAGUAAAGGAAUGAAAUUUUUAAAAACGAGAAAUGUUAAUCAGGAUCCUUUAGAAAAUUUUUUUGUUUAAUUCGCAGUCAUGGACGCAGAAAUAUAAAUCCGUCGUGCAGUCAAUUUUGCGGGUCAUAUAAAACAUUAUUAAUUAAUAAUUUUACUGCAAAACGAUCUAUAGGAUCCAAUUGCGAAAACAUAAAUGAUGGCGAUUUAUUAUUUACUUUAAAACAGUUUGUAAAAAAUGGUACUUGUGUAACUAAUAUUACAGCACAAACGGAAGAAGAUUUUUUAACAGAAUCUCAAAUUAAAAAUAUAGAAAAUACACCUAAAACAUAUCCAUUACAAGAAAGCAAUAGAUCAUACGUUGCUGGCUGGGUUGUAAAAAAGGUUUUGUCAAUAAAAACAUUUAAAAAUUGUAUAAUAUAACAUGUAAAGAAAGUCUUUUAAGUACCGACACAUCACAUAAAAAAUAUGUACAAUUAAUUAAUGCAGAAUAUGUUAAAGAAAAACAAUCUCUAACGUAUCCAUCUAUGUGCUUUUUUAAUAU